GACAAAAAGCUCGAACAGAUGAAUCUAUAAAUGAUGCACUGCAGCCGCAUGAAUGUCAGUACUCAACGAACGAGCUGAGUGAGAAUACAACGAGCUGAAAUACUCUUUCAAAAGCAUAUCCUAGUGAUUCCAUAAUAAUGCGUCAAUCUAUCAGUGCCUCAUUUUGGCUGCUCACAUUUGUGGCCUUAAAUGGAGUCUGGGCCCAAGUGCCCUUCCCCGGCCGGUGUCCAGAGGUUAAGAUUGUGGACACUUUUGACUUAGAGGCGUACUUGGGCGUCUGGUAUGAGUAUGCGAAGUAUCCAUUUGCCUUUGAAAUAGGCAAGAAAUGUAUUUACGCGCGCUAUGAACUCGCCGAUAACAGCACAGUAUCUGUAGUAAAUGCGGCCAUCAAUAAAUUCACCGGAAGCCCAACAAAUGUGACUGGCACGGCCAAGAUCAUUGCACCCGGUCAACUGGCCGUGACCUUCUCCGCGAAUCAACAAGCUAAUAGGGCCAACUAUCUGGUACUGGGAACCGAUUACGAGUCGUAUGCAGUUGUCUAUAGCUGCACCAGCCUGACCCCACUGGCCCAUUUGAAAAUCGUCUGGAUAUUGACGCGCGACCGUGAGCCCACAAAGGAGACACUCGAGAAGGCCUACAAGGUGCUGGAUGACAAUAAGAUAACCCAAUCUGUGCUGAUCGAUACCGACCAAAAGAACUGUCCCCAACUGGAGAGCAAUGGCACAGCUUCAGCUGAGGAGAACGUAUUUGUGAGCAAUGCAUUGCCGCAGGCUAUUGAGACAGCAUGAGGUUGGCUCCGGCGCUUCAACGAGCGUCUCUUCGAUAUAUUCAUGAACUUCUUAAAUAACUAAAUGCAACAGUUUAUAGCAGCUUAGCUAACACUAAAUACUUAUAUCCCCAAUGUAUACUCAGAGAAAACUAUAAAUUGAAAAAGAAAAGCAGAGUUUGUUAGAUAUAAAUGUCAUAGUUGUUUACUAGCAGAGAGUUUACGAAUGUUCAGAUUAUAUUGUAAAUACGUUCUUGUGUAAUAAAUAAAAAAAUAAAAAAAUAAUAAUAUUUUAA